GAGAGCCGCGCGCGACUCUUCCUUUCCCCGCCCCGCCCCCUCCUCAGUCGCGCGCGCUCCUCCCGACGUCGCCGGCGUGCUGACGUCAUCGCCGCGUCAACGUCAUUGCGUCGCGGGACGCCGGCGGCCGGACCCGCAGCCAUUUGGAGGAAGUUGGGGAAGCUCCAAACCGGCACUGGAAGGUGGAAGGAGAGGACAGUCGCCGCCCCGCGUCACCCCAAGAGCUUGCGUCCCCCCCGCGUGCCAGCUGGGCCCUGGGGGAACCAUGUCUGCGGGGGGGGCUCCCCAGCACCCGGCUCCUGCACGAGGGAAAGGCCAAGGAAGCGCUCAGGGUGCCAUGAUGCUGCCAAGCACUUCUGUGUGCGGUGAAAACCCAGAGAACAGAGAAAACCAAACCGAACCAAACCAGAAAAGCGAUGGCCAGCUGCUGAAACGCCUCUCCUCUCUCCUGGAGCAGCCUGCCCACAUCCUGAACCUGCUGCCUUACCCCAGGCUGAACGAGGUGCCCAGGGCUGGACAUGAGCUGGGUUCUGCGGGUGCAGAGAUCCCCUCUGACCCCUGCACAGGCUACAGAUUUUUCAAGCCCGGUGGCUUGUUCGGUAUUAAACAGUUGGAGGAGCCGUUCCCUGAAGGCCAGCAGAUGCAGGAGGACAGCAAGAUCCUCGUGAGCCCCUGUGCAGUUGAGCCUGUCCGAACAAACAAGGUGGAGCAGCCUGAUGAGAAGCCCGGGGUUGCUGCAGGCUCUUUGGAGCUGUACCCCACUGGUGCCAGCAGCUCUGGCCGCUGGUUCCAUGGCGGGCAGCGCGCACCUGAGCGGGCAGGCACGGAGCGGGACGGCGCAGCCAGCCUCAGCCCGCUGCCCUCCAGGGUGGGCUGCUGGGUGCCCCAGCUUGGCAACGGCCCCUUCCGCUGUGCCCAGUGUGGGAAGGGCUUCCGUCAGAAGCAGAGCCUCAUCACUCACGAGAGGAUCCACACCGGGGAGAAACCCUACAGGUGCGGGGACUGCGGGAAGAGCUUCAGCCAGCGCCCCAACCUGCUGACCCACCGCCGUGUGCAUACUGGGGAACGCCCCUUCCCCUGCACGCAGUGUGGCAAGAGCUUCAGCCAGAAGGCCAACCUCCUGGCCCACCAGCGCAUCCACGCCGCCAAUGAGAAGGCGCUGGCGGGGGGGGAGCAGGAGGACGGUGGCUCUGGCAAACCGAAGCUGCGGGCUACGCAGCGCAGCUACCAGGAUGACACCCCUUUUGUGUGCCCCGAGUGUGGGAAGAGCUUCCGGCAGAAGCCCAACCUCAUCACGCACCGGCGCAUCCACACGGGCGAGCGGCCCUUCACCUGCUUCCUGUGUGGCAGGAGCUUCAACCAGAAGACCAACCUGGUGACACACUACCGUGUGCACACCGGGGAGCGCCCCUUUGCCUGCACCCAGUGCGGCAAGCGCUUCACCCAGAAAACCAACCUCGUGACACACCAGAGCACCCACACUGAUGUCCGCCCCUACCCCUGCGGGCAGUGCCAGAAGUGCUUCAAGGACAAAGUGUCCCUUAAAGCCCACCAGAAGACACAUGCACCACGCCAGCGGAGGUGCCCAGGACGGGCUCCGGCUCCCACCCUGCCCUUUGGGGCUGCGCCUACACUGCUGCAGCCAGGCAGCCUGGAGCAAGAGGCUCCUUUCAGCUCCAUGCCACCGCUGCCUGUUCAGAAGAUCCCUGAAGGCCAAGAGCUAUACUCGUGCACGGAGAAGGGUUUUCCCUCAAAGGAGCAGCUGCUGCCCGCGCAACAGGCCCCGCUGGGGGAGCAGGCCUUCCCCUGCGUGCAGUGUGGAGAAGGGUUUUGCCCCAAGGUGACUCUGCUCCGGCCACAGCACGGCCCCGCUGCUGAGGCUCCUGCUGGCUGCACUGCAGGCUUCAGCCCCGGUCCACACCUCCUGGGGCACCUGGGGGUGCAGCCUGUCCUUGGGGAUGGCACUGCCCCCACACCGCCCACCCCCGGAGCGGAGAAGCCCUUCAUCUGCAAUCAGUGUGGCAACAGCUUUGGCCUGUGGAUCUCCCUUGUUGCUCACCAGAAGACUCACGUGGGGCAGAAGUCCUACCAGUGCCCUGAGCAUGACAAGAGCUCUGGAGAUGAGCUGUCCACCAAAUCUCCCCAGGAGAAGGACAUGGAGGGGAGAGCCUGGCUGUGCCCCGAGUGCGGGAGAAGCUUUGUACAGUAUGAUCGCUUGUUAAAGCACCGCCAGAACCACCGGGGCCGGGGUCCUUACCGCUGUGACGUCUGCGGGAAGAGGUUCAGCCUGAAGACCAACCUGGUGACUCACCAGCGCAUCCACACCGGUGAGCGGCCCUUCACCUGUGGCGUCUGCGGCCGCCGCUUCAACCAGAAGGGCAACCUGGUGACACAUUACCGCACGCACACCGGGGAGCGACCCUUUGCCUGCACCCAGUGCGGCAAGCGCUUCGCCCAGAAGCCCAACCUCAUCGCCCACCAGAAGACCCACUCGGGCAGGCAGCCCUUCACUUGUCUAGAGUGCCCCAAGCGCUUCAAGAGCAAGCUCUCCCUCCGGGUCCAUCAGCGCGUGCACGUGGUGGAGCAGCCCCAGAGUGAGCCGGGCCCCGGCCAGACACCGCCCAGCCUGCAGAGCCACCCCGGCAGCCCGUACCCCUGCUCACUCUGCGGGGAGGCCUUUGAGGAGCAUGGCGAGCUGCAACUGCACCGGCAGGGCCACGCUGGCGAGCGGCCGCACGCCUGCGCUGAGUGCGGCAAGCGCUUCCGACAGAAGGUGAACCUGGCUGUACAUCAGAGGACCCACACCGGGGAGCGGCCCUUCCAUUGUGCUGAGUGCGGGAAGGGCUUUAGCCAGAAGGCUCACCUCCUCCGGCACCGCCGGACGCACACCGGUGGUGUGCCACCCUCCUGCUGCGAGGGGACCUGCCCAGCGCACCGCGAGGAGACAGAUGCCAAUGCUGCCCUGGGGAAGGGCCCUGCACCGCCUGGCACACUGCUGCCUCCCUGCUCCCGUGGAGCUGUGCAGGGAUCACUGCCACGGGAAGAGCUACGGCCAGGAGCACCGCCUGGCCCGAACAGAGCAGAGAGCCCAUCUGGGGCUGCAGACAUCCUUCUGCAGCUGAUGCAGGAAGAGCAGCACCUAGUGUCUGGCUCGCAGCACCCGCCGGAGGCACCCGCGGGGCAGUGCCCCUGCAAGUGCUCCGAGGGUGGGGAAGGGCUGGGUGGGAAGCCCAGCCUGCAGCCACAGUGCUGCUGUGCUGACUGUGUGACCCAGAGGCAGCUGCUGCUGAAGCCCCAGCAUGACUGCCGUGCUGAGAUCUGGUGCAAGUACAGUGGCUGCAGCAGAAGCUUUGAGGACAAGAGAGUCCUGAGAGUGCCUGAGAGAGCACACAGCGAAGAGAAAACCUCGCCGUGCCCCAGCUGCUUGUCCGGGCAGCGUGCGCCCAUGACGGACCUGGCAUCGCCCGCGGGCGAGAACACCUUCACCUUCCCCAGCGGCGCUGAGGAGGGCUUCGGGGAUGAGAAGGCGCUGGUGAUCCACAGCCAGGCGGAGGAGGAGGCGGCGGGGAAGGAGUUCAAGUGCAUCCUGUGCGGGGAGUGCUUCGGGCAGCAGCCCAGCCUCACCCGGCACCAGAAGCACCACGCUGGGGAGCGGGCCUUCAUCUGCGCCGAGUGCGGCAAGGCCUUCAGCCUCAAGCACAACCUCAUCAUCCACCAGCGCAUCCACACCGGGGAGCGGCCCUACCAGUGCGACGUGUGCCAGAAGAGCUUCAGCCUGAAGCAGAACCUGCUCACCCACCAGCGCAUCCACAGCGGCGAGAAGCCCUUUUCCUGCGGGAGCUGCGGGAAGCGCUUCCGUGAGCAGCGCUUCCUCCUCAACCACCAACGCACCCACAGCGACGACCGACCCGGGGCCACUGGCGCCGCCGCCUGCAGCCGCUCACCGGGCUCAGAGGCGCAUGAAGAAGCCGGUGGUCCCACUGCAGCAGGCGGCUCCUUCUCCUGCACCCGCUGCGGGAAGGGCUUCAGCUGCCGGAGCAGCCUGGCCGCACAUCAGCGCACCCACAGCGGCGAGCGGCCCUUCAUCUGCGCCGAGUGCGGGAAGAGCUUCAGCCAGAAGGGCUCCCUGAAGCUCCAUCAGCGCACCCACAGGGCUGAGAACGCCCUCACGUGAGCCCCUCGCCCCGGGACCCCCGCCCAUGGCUGCCCCGUGGGGCUCUCUGUGCCCUGAGCCCCCCCACAGCAUUGCUCUGUGGCUCCCAGCGCUGCGUGGGGGCUCAGGGCUGCUGGGCAUCUCGGUGGGCGCUGUGCCCUCGGUGCUGGUGUGACAGCGUGGUCAGUGCCAGCUCUGCCUGGGCACCCCCAGGCACCCACCGUGCUCCCUCCAGGAGCUGCUCUCCUGAUCACCACGAGGUCACUCCCAUCAGCUGCCCCUGCUCCUCACCUCAGGCACUCGAGGGCUGCUGGGCGCCUGUUGGGUUCCUGCCCUCCCCCCCCUCCCCCCCUGGGGCACAGGGAGGAGCUGAGUGAGGUGGCCGCCUCUGGUAAUGGCUGAGUUCCCUGGGGGGUUUCCUCCCCUCCACUCCCAGCACCUCUGCACUGCAGCUGGGUGCACACCGGGCCUGCAGGUGGAACCCCCGAGUGAGGAAGGGUGGGGAGGUUUCCCCACAGCACUGCUGUGUGCGCCCCGUGCCCCCCGUCUACCCCAUCCCCUCCGUACACCCCAUCCCCCAUCCGGGCUGGUGCUGCUGCAGCGUUGCAGAGAGCCCUGAGA